GCGGCGCUCGGUACCCGCGCGGGCGGCGGUGGGAGUCGGGCCCGGGGCCGCGGGGAUCGGGCCGGGACGGACGGGGGCGGCUCGGCGCGGCCAUGGAGAUCGGCACCGAGAUCAGCCGCAAGAUCCGGGGUGCUAUUAAAGGAAAGUUACAGGAGCUGGGGGCUUAUGUUGAUGAAGAGCUCCCUGAUUAUAUUAUGGUUAUGGUGGCCAAUAAGAAGAGUCAAGAGCAGAUGACAGAAGACCUUUCCCUUUUCCUUGGAAACAAUACUGUCAGGUUUACUGUCUGGCUCCAUGGUGUUUUGGAUAAGCUGCGGUCCGUGACUACUGAACCAACCAGUGUAAAAUCUUCAGAAUCGAAUAUCUUUGAGAGCAGCCUGCCUCCCAGCAAAAGCAGCUCAUGUGUGAGUGAUGAGAGGAGGCGGGACGAUAUCUUGCCCCCUCUUGCAGUGUCAAGCACUCGGACUGAAAGAAAUGACUCCAGAGUUUCAACCAGCUCACAGGAGCAGAGGAACACUGCUGCCAGGCAGUCUUGUGAAGAUGGUUCUGCAUCCCGCUUAACAUCUACGGUCAAGCCUUUGAGGGAAUUGUCACCUUCUGAAGCUGUAAUUGACAUUAAACCUGAACCAGAUGAUCUAAUUGAUGAAGACCUAAACUUUGUGCAGGAGAAUCCAUUGUCACGAAAGAAACCCAUUGUGACUGUGACUUACGGUUCCUCUCGUCCCUCGGCUGAGAUCUACCGGCCCCCAGCUGUCAGGAGUGCAGAUGGAAACGUUCACGUGCCCAGAUUGUCUCAGCAGGGCAGCCUGCAGGGGAGCCGCCAGUUAGACACACAAGGCUGCAGGUCUCUGGAAACAGGCCAGCUGUGCAAUCCAGAAGCAUUUGGCAGCUUAGCAGAAGGUCACAGACCCACCUCCAAACUCGGUGCUGAUAAAGUGGGCAGUGAGGAGGAAAACUCCAGGAAGAGACGGCUGCCUGUUGUAAGCUCGGUGGUCAAAGUGAAAAAGUUCUGUAAUGAUGGAGAGGACGAAGAGGAAGAAGAAGACUAUGGAUUGCGAACAGGAAGCAUCUCCAGCAGUGUGUCUGUGCCUGCAAAGCCAGAAAGAAGACCUUCAUUGCCACCUUCAAAACAGGCCAAUAAGAACUUAAUACUGAAAGCAAUCUCUGAAGCACAGGAAUCAGUUACAAAAACAACCAAUUAUUCCACUGUUCCACAGAAACAAACUGUUCCAGUUGCACCAAGAACUCGAAUUAGCCCAGAAGAAUCACAGUUAGAAGUGAUUCAUGUGCAAAGCAGACUGCCUGUUCUGAGUUCUCAGCUUCAAGUAGAAGAGUCAAAGGAGCAGACAGUUGAAGAAAUUCAAGGAAUUGAACAAAAGGAGCUCUCUUGUCGGCUUCAGAUUGAUCCUAUGAUUGAAGAUGCCUUGCAAGUGUCUCAGGAUUACUGUGACCCAGAGUCUCUGGUGCACUCAGAUACUCGCUCGUUCAUCCUGAAGAAGCCCAGGUUGUCAGAGGAGAUGGCGCCACAGAAUCAGCAGCUGGGGAAGAAGGGCACAGAGGCCGUGCGAGUUCACUCAGCGCGUCUCAUACAGACACGAGACCAGCUUGCACAGCCAGAGAAACCUGCUAGUCCCAAGUUCAUUGUGACCCUGGAUGGCGUGCCCAGUCCACCAGGAUACCUCUCUGAUCAGGAGGAGGAAGAGAUGUGUCUAAUGGAAGGAUUGAGGCCAGUUACCCAGCACAUGUAUGCUGCCAAAGGAUUGAAAGGUCUUCGAGCACAGCAGAUGCAGAUUGUAACCAGGCAGCUGGAGAACUGUGAUGUGGAAAUGGAAGACUUAAGUAUGCUACAAAAGCAGGAGAAGGUGCUGGAGCGCUGCAAGUACUGGCCUGCCUGUAAAAAUGGGGAUGAAUGUGUGUACCAUCACCCCACACUACCUUGCAAAGUUUUUCCUAACUGCAAAUUUGCUGAUAAAUGUCUGUUCAUCCAUCCAAACUGUAAAUACGACGCAAAGUGCACUAAGCCAGACUGUCCUUACACUCACGCCAGUCGACGAACCCCCCAUCCAUCUCCUAAACCAGCACCCCUGCCCACACUGUCCGUACCCUCCAGCAGUCCGCUGUGCAAGUUUUUUCCAGCUUGUAAGAAAAUGGAGUGUCCAUUUUACCACCCAAAAUUUUGGUUUCAGCAUUGUAGGUUUAAUACACAGUGUACAAGACCAGACUGCACUUUCUACCAUCCCACUGUUGCUGUACCUCCACGCCACGCCUUGAAAUGGACUCGAACUCAAGCCAGUGAAUGAAUAUGAUACAGCCUGGGACUGAGCUUUGCCUCCUCUGGACAGUAGAGGACAGGAGGAUCAACCACCAGGACACAGGAUGCUAGGAAAGACUCAUACAUUUUGGACUUUGAAUAUACAUUGUUUUCAUAAAACGAGAUUGAUUGCAUACUUGAAAUGUCUCUAAUUUUUCAAGUUUGUAAGUUUGGACAAUUUUACAUUUUUUUUACGCUGUAAGAAAAAAACAUCUGUGUAAGAAAAGUUUUAAGUUCCAUUAAAAACCUUCAAAGCACAUUUUUUGUUCUGUUUG